AUGUCCACCCAAGUCCAACCGCGAGGCGAAUAUCUGCUGGUGAGAAACACGGCCGAAAGCGAGAGGCUGGAGAUGCAAUAUAAAGCCUGGCAAGCGAAUAUUGGAUAUCUCCUUCAUCCUGCCAUCCAACAACAUGAUAGUAUGCGCAUUGCAGAUGUUGGCACGGGGACUGGAAUAUGGUUACGUGACCUCGCAGAUGCUCUUCCAAAUACUUGUCAGCUCGACGGGUUUGACCUCUCAGACGCCAUGUUUCCCAGCAAGGAUGCAUUGCCGGCAAAUAUCACUUUCUAUCAACAAAAUCUCCUCGAGCCGUUCCCACAUGAAUAUCUUGGUAAAUAUGAUGUCGUCAAUGUUCGAGUGAUGGUGGUGGUUUUAUCAUCUAAUGAGUGGGAGCCUGCUGUGCGAAAUAUGAUGACACUUCUUAAACCUGAUGGCUAUUUGCAAUGGGUCGAUUGUGCUGCACAUGAGUGUGUAGUCAAAGGGGUGCCCGAGGGAAAACGAGCCAUAAAUGCACAACACGGAAUCGACCUGUUCAGGAAGACUUUGAAUGCGCUAGGGAAAACGCCAAAUAUUGCUCUCCUUCAGGGUAUUUUCCAGAAAAGUGGACUGGUAUCUUGUGAAGAGAAAAUCUACACUCUUGACAACCCAGACACUCGGGAGAACGUCAAUUUCACGGUUGUUGUUGGAAUCCAGCAUAGUCUGACAGCUGCAUGCAGAAUGCACAAGUUGGACGAAAUAAAAUCCAUUGAUCAGAUUAUGGACCUAAAGGAGGCUGUCUUAGGGGACUUAAAUGAUGUACCUUGUUAUUAUUGUUAUGACGUUUACGUCGUUAUUGGAAGAAAGUUAGCUUAA